CUUCCCCCCAAAGAACUACAACUCCCGUGAGCCUCUCUGUCCCUGCCGGGGCGCGUGGCCGGAAGCGGCAUAGUCGAGCCUGGCUUCCGGUCGGGCGGUAAAAAUGGAGGAGAUCGGCAUCUUGGUGGAGAAAACGCAGGAUGAGCUUCCUGCUCUCUCUAUUUCCAGACCUCAGACUGGCCUCUCCUUCCUAGUUCCUGAAGCUGAGGAUGUGGAGGAUUUAUACAGCCGAUACAAGAAACUCCAGCAAGAGCUGGAGUUCCUAGAGGUCCAGGAAGAAUACAUCAAGGAUGAGCAGAAAAAUCUAAAGAAAGAGUUCCUGCAUGCUCAAGAGGAGGUGAAACGUAUCCAGAGCAUCCCACUGGUCAUUGGCCAGUUCCUGGAGGCAGUGGAUCAGAACACAGCCAUUGUUGGUUCUACCACAGGCUCCAACUACUACGUCCGAAUCUUGAGCACCAUUGACCGUGAACUGCUGAAGCCCAAUGCUUCUGUGGCCCUACACAAACACAGCAAUGCCUUGGUGGAUGUGUUGCCUCCUGAGGCUGAUAGCAGCAUUAUGAUGCUUACUUCAGAUCAGAAACCAGAUGUGAUGUACGCUGACAUUGGCGGGAUGGAUAUUCAGAAGCAGGAAGUCCGAGAGGCUGUGGAGCUUCCCCUCACUCACUUUGAGCUCUACAAACAGAUUGGCAUUGAUCCUCCUCGGGGCGUGUUAAUGUAUGGUCCCCCUGGCUGUGGAAAGACUAUGUUGGCCAAAGCUGUGGCCCAUCACACCACAGCUGCCUUCAUUCGGGUGGUGGGAUCCGAGUUUGUGCAGAAGUACCUGGGUGAGGGGCCACGCAUGGUCCGGGAUGUUUUCCGACUGGCCAAAGAGAAUGCACCAGCCAUCAUCUUCAUCGAUGAGAUUGAUGCCAUUGCCACCAAGCGUUUUGAUGCCCAGACUGGGGCGGACAGGGAGGUUCAGCGGAUCCUCUUGGAGCUUCUCAAUCAGAUGGAUGGCUUUGACCAGAACGUUAAUGUCAAGGUGAUAAUGGCUACAAACCGAGCAGACACCCUUGACCCUGCUUUGCUCCGACCGGGCCGCCUAGAUCGUAAAAUCGAGUUUCCUCUGCCUGAUAGACGCCAAAAACGGUUAAUCUUCUCGACCAUCACUAGCAAGAUGAAUCUCUCUGAGGAGGUGGAUCUGGAAGAUUAUGUGGCACGACCUGAUAAGAUCUCGGGGGCUGACAUCAAUUCCAUUUGCCAGGAGGCUGGGAUGCUGGCAGUUCGGGAGAACCGCUACAUUGUGCUUGCCAAGGACUUUGAGAAGGCCUACAAGACGGUCAUCAAGAAAGAUGAGCAAGAGCAUGAGUUCUACAAAUAAAGAUGGGAGCAGCAGGACCAAGGCUUGGUUUGGCCGUCUCGGUCCUUGGCGGGGAAAGGGCGGCCGUGUCUUUUGUGUGUUUCUUGAUGGGUGACGUUUUCCCUGUGAAUUAAACCAAAAAAAAGCUACGCAGGAAUGCCACUGUUCCCUUCAUUGGUGGAAGUGGGAGGUGAGCUUUCCUUUAUUCUCCCCCGCCUCCAUUCCCAUAUGUUCCUGAUCUCCCUAUAUUGCUUUUAUUUUCAGACCCGACAGGGAGUAAGAUUUGAAGUGGGUUGACAUUCGCUCCCUUGGGGGACAGGCGGGGGGUGGGCGGGGCAGAUCUGUCGACUAUUGUGACGCUACAGCUCCAUCCUAGCUGACAUUUUGUCUUGUAGUUGGGGCUUGCGGUCGGCAGUUGAAAUCGAUGGUUGGCCUGCAGAGAGGGUGGGUCCAUACUGCGUGCUUGGUUCACAUGUUAACGUUAAACCAAAACCAGUCAGGUCAUUUUCUAGCAUCGUGUAAUGUGUGAUCCACCUGAAGGUCUCGCAGCGUUCAUAAGUUGGGUUUCUGCUUUAUACUAAGCUAAUUAUACUGCAUUGAGCUAAGAAGUCUCAGUUUAGACCCAUGCGUCCCACCGAGCGUCAUUAUGACUUAGCUGCAUUGUACGAUCCCUGUCCCUGUUUAUCCGAGCACUGAUGACUUCUUAGCAAAUGCACUAAAUGAGGUUUAUUCUCAAGGUCCAGGAAAUAAAAGACUUUUGCAAUACA